AAGUGAAAUAUUUAAUCUACUUAUGGCCACAUUGACAAAAAAAAAUUAUAUAUUCAUUAAUAGCAAUGGUACUUCUUGGUAUAUUUUGUAAUGCAGCUUGCGGCCACACUGCACGUAGACGCAUAAAUAAACAACAUAAAUGGCGCGUAGCAAAAUUUGGAAAUAUUACGAUAAAUUGGAUCUUCAGACAGCACAAUGCCUCCUAUGCGAAAAGAUUAUCAAAACCAGUGGAAACACCUCCAACCUGAUGAAGCACAUGAAAACCCAUCCUACCAUAGAUGUUAAUGAUCACCAGUCGAUUGUAGUGCGGGGGAAUGUUGAAAAGGGACUCAAUGCCCCUUAAAACACGGGGCAAAAAGAUAUUAAAAUAUGCAUCCAUUAAGGUUAAGUCCGAGCCAAAGCGUGAACAUAAUUCUGACC